UAAUGAAGACCAUCAUUUUCGCUUUAGCACUUAUUGUGUUAGCUUCAUCAACAUAAGCUGAUGUCAUUGCUACAAUUAAAAAGAUUGAUCAAUCACCAUUCGGCAGAACAUUGUUUGAUACAAUCUGGUUAGAACUCUAAACAGGAGACCCAUUAGAUAGAUUAUUAUCUACAUUGACAGACUUAGAAGAUAGAUAUGUAGCUGAAUAAAAAGAAGAUGAUGCUAAAAAUUAAGAGUACUAAGGUGCUUGCACAGUUGUAAGAACAUAAGUCUAUAUUUUAGGAUAUCUCUGCUUUCGAUAAGGAUUUGGCUGAAUCUAACAGAAAGAAGAUUGAACUUGAAGCAAGAUUAGAAGGAUAAUUAUACCCAUAAAGAUCAAUCUUGGAAGGAUUAGUAGCUUAAAAGACAGCUGAAGUCAAGGGAUACUAAAAGGAUUUGGAUGAACUUGAUGCUGAAAGAGCUGAAGAACAUGAAGAUUUCGAAGAGAAAGUCUUAGAACACUAAGAAGCAACAGCUAUCAUCGCUGAAGCUAGAAGACUCUUUGCUGAUAACAUCGAACACGAAUCCUUCAUUUAAAAAGGAAAAGUUACAAAAUAACCACACAAAUUCACCAAGGAUGUUGCUAACAUGAUCUAAAAGCAUUUCACUACAUCUGCCAAGAAGACUGCUAAAUUCUAACACAGAAAGGGAUAUAGCAAAUUAUUCAAAGCCUUUGCUACAAUUGCCUCAAAAGUUGAAUAAUUAGCUGAUGCUGGUGCCGUCUAAAAGAUCAUUGAUUUAGCUGAUGAAUUAUUGGCCAAAAUUGCUGAUUCUUUAUCUUUGUUGAGAUUUGCUGAAGACAAGAGAGUUGAAGCAUAUAAGAAAUCAAGAAACUUCAUCGUAAUCUCUUUGAAUGUUGCUGGUACUGCCCUUGCUAAUGCCAUUUCUGACUUAGCAUCUUUGAAUGAUAUCAUUGCUUAAGUUGAAGCCUCACUCGAUACAACUGAAUAAAGAAUUGAAAACGUUUCAGCCGAUAGACAUGAUAGAUUCACUUAAUGUGAAGAGGCUGUUUAAGAUUACUAAGAUGCCAGAUCUGCCAGAACCUCUGAUAGAGAUGUUGUUUCAUAAACCAUCGGAUUAGUCAACAAGGAAUUGAGAACCUUGAGAGAAUAAUUGGCUAUGAGAUAAUAAGCUGGAGAAGAAAUUUGAUA